CCUUUCCAUUCCCAUUCCCAUUCCACGCGCUUUAUGGUCGCCCUCCCCGGCGAGGGAUCCCGUCCCCCUGCCCGAGCCCGAGCCGCCACCCCGCCGGGCCUCCCAUUCCUCCGCCCACCACGCCGCGAGGAGGAGGAGGACGACGAGAUCUCCGGUCGGGCCGAGGCGGAGCGCGAGAUCCCGCCUCGGAGAGUGGACGGCGGUCUGAUUGAUUCAUCGAUUGACCGAUUGGUUCGGCGAUGGUGCUGGAGACCGAGUACUACGACGUGCUCGGGGUCAGCCCGGCGGCCACCGAGGCCGACAUCAAGAAGGCGUACUACGUCAAGGCGAGGCAGGUCCACCCCGACAAGAACCGCAACGACCCCCUCGCGGCCGAGAAGUUCCAGGAACUGGGGGAGGCAUACCAAGUACUUAGUGACCCCGCACAGCGUAAAGCAUAUAACUCAUAUGGGAAAUCUGGUAUUUCAACGGAAGCAAUGAUUGAUCCCGCAGCAAUUUUUGCAAUGCUAUUCGGUAGUGAGAUAUUUGAGGAUUACAUUGGUCAACUGGCGAUGGCAUCCAUGGCUUCGCUCGACAUUUUUGGUGAAGGCAAACAGAUUGAUGCAAGGAAGUUACAAGAGAAAAUGCGAGCUGUACAAAAGGACAGGGAGGAGAAACUUGCAGAGAAACUGAAGAAUAGAUUGCACAUUUAUGUUCAGGGAAACAAAAAAGAAUUUAUCCAGGCUGCUGAGGCUGAGGUGGCUAGACUUUCUGAUGCAGCAUAUGGGAUUGAUAUGCUAAGUACUAUCGGUUACAUGUAUUCAAGACAAGCUGCCAAGGAGCUUGGGAAGAAAGCUAUCCUUUUGGGGGUUCCCUUUAUAGCUGAAUGGUUUAGAAAUAAAGGUCAUUUUAUUAAAUCCCAAGUGACAGCUGCAACAGGUGCAAUAGCUCUUAUGCAGUUGCAGGAAGACUUAAAGAAGCAUCUCAGUUCUGAAUGUAAUUACACGGAUGAGCAACUUGAGGCUUACAUGCAAAGUCAUAAAAGUGUUAUGGUGGAUUCCUUAUGGAAGCUUAACGUUGCUGAUAUAGAGGCAACUCUGGCACGUGUCUGUCAAAUGGUUCUUCAAGAGAGCAAUGUUAGGAGAGAGGAACUAAGAGCUCGAGCUAAAGGAUUGAAAACUUUAGGAAAAGUAUUCGAGCGUGUUAAGCUCAAUAGUGAAGGAGAAGCAACAACAAUGAGGCAUACGAUAAAUAAUUCAGAUGAUAAUGUCGGUACCUCUCCAGAUUCAUCACCAGAAUCCCCCAGGGUGCAGCCAUUCGAUGCAAACCAACCAUAUUCUCAGAGCCCAUAUGUGGAGGCCCCUCGGUUCGGUGGUGCUUAUAGUUCGUUCAACUUCCCAAUGCCCACCGCUCCACCUGGUGCGCAAAGGGAUCCGGUCCCAUGACCCGCUCCAGGGCCGCAACUUUUUCUCGUGGUUCAUCUUUUUUGUACAAUAUUAUUGCUUGUGUUGGUAGAUGAUCACAUGGCGUUCAUUCGUGCCACUAGUAUAGUAGAGCGAAGAAGCAGCUGGGUAUUAUCAAUUUGCUUUCUUCGGAUGUAUAAUCGGUCGAUUAAAAUGAUAAAUACGUCGACGGGAUCCCCGUGUUGUGUACAGGCGUGUCGCGCUGCUUCUGAUGGGUUGUCGAGGCAGCGACCGGUUGGCAUUGUUGUAUACAUAAACUAUAUCACAUCACAUAUUUUUUUUCUUCCCUUGUGUCUAUGGGUGCAUAAUUGUUUUAAUCUAUGGCCCAUUUGUGCAAAACAGUUGUGGAUCAUCUCUUGUUUUCUGAAGUGUUCUCUGGUGAUGCCAGAUUAUUAUAUACGUAUCUGAAUUA